AUGACACUAUCCAAGACAACACAAGCUGUCAACCCUGAGAGCAGGCUAUUCAAGCCUAUCCAGGUCGGCAAUGCCAAACUUGACCACCGAAUUGUCAUGGCACCUUUGACUCGAUACCGCAACGACGACAACCACGUCGUCAAGCCCUUUGUCGAGCGAUACUACGCCGAGAGGGCCUCAGCUCCAGGCACACUAGUUAUCGCAGAAGCUACUGGUGUCUCAAUGCAAGACACUGGCAUGCGUCAAGGCCCAGCCUUUGUCACAGACGAACAAGUCGCUGGCUGGACAAAGGUUAUCUCCGGUGUUCACGAAAAGAAGUCCUUUUGGGCUCAGCAGAUCUGGGGCCAAGGCCGGGCUUCUGAUCCAGAAUACCAGAAGGAACGCGGUUUCAAGUACCGCUCCUCCAGCGCCGUGCCAAUCGAAGAGGGUGCUCCUGCACCUGAAGCCAUGACCGAGGAGGAGAUCCAAGAAUUUAUCCAGGACAUGGUUGCCACCUCCCGUCGAGUCAUCGAUGCUGGCGGUGAUAUCGUCGAGGUCCACGCCGCUCACGGAUACCUUAUCGAUCAAUUCACAUCCGACUCUAUCAACAAGCGAACUGACAAGUGGGGUGGCUCCGUCGAGAACCGUGCUCGUCUUCUGCUCGAAGUGAUCAAGGCUGUUUCUGCAGAGGUUGGCCCCGAAAAGGUUGCUAUUCGUCUAUCACCCUACGCUACCUUCCAGGGCUCCGAGUCUUCGGACGUCAAAGAACAAUACACCUACAUCGUUAGCGAGCUCAAGAAGAUUGGCUCUCUUGCUUAUCUCUCGUUGGUCGAAGCACGCGGUGACCCUGCCAAGCUCCUCGCCCCCGACCAAGAUGCCUCAACGGAUUCCAAGACUCUUGACUUCAUCCUAGAUAUCUGGGACAACACCUCACCCGUCAUUGUUGCCGGCAACUACAGCCCCGAGUCAGCCGCUGAGGUCCUUGACGGACACUACAGCAAGUGGGAUGUUCUCGUUGCUUUCGGUCGCCACUUCAUUGCCAACCCUGACUUUGUUUGGAGGGUCAAGCAUGGUGUUGAGUUGACCAAGUACGACCGCACCACAUUCUACGUCCGUGGUUCAGAGAUUGGCUAUAACGACUAUCCCUUCUCUCAGGAGUAUGUUAAUGAGCAAAGAGCAUGGGCUGUCAAGAACUUGAAGAUGCACGCCAAAUAG